ACUAUAAUUCGUUACUUGGUGAUAACUUCACUUCGUUAUUUUUUUCUCUUUUAACAUGUUUGUAGUUUUUCAUUGAAAAUAUAUAAAUUUUAUGAAAAACUUCUAUUUAUAUAUUAUCACUAAGCUUCUUCUCAACGUUUUACUGUUUAAUUCAGUAUUUUGUCUCCUACGAAUAUAGUUUUGUUUACUUGCAAAUAAAGCACGAGAGGUACAGAAACAUUAAAAAUAAUGCCUAAAAAUAAGAAAAAGGAGGAAAGUUCUAGCAGUGAUAGCGAUGAUGGUCCAGUUGAUAGAAACCCUCCACCAGAGAAAAAAGCCAAAAUGGGUUCAAGAACAGACGACAAAGAACCUACUUGGGUUUUACAAGGAAAAAAGUUGGUGAAAGUCAGAGAAUUUAAAGGCAAAGUUUAUGUUGAUGUACGGGAAUUCUAUGAGAAGGGCGGUGAAUUGUUGCCAGGAAAGAAAGGCAUUAGUUUAACUCCUGAACAGUGGAGAAAACUAUUGUCCCUAGGUGAUGAAAUAAAUGAGACUAUUAGUACUAUGUGUUAAGGACAAAAUGUUUUGUAUUCCAUAUGGUAAUAUAUAAUUAUAUUAAAAUCUU